AGAGGCCGCCCGCUCACUUCCCGCGGAGGCGCUCCCGGGCGCCGCGCUCCGCGGCCGCCGCCUGCCCCCUCCCGCCCUGUUGCCGCCGCCGCCGCCGCGCACGCCGCGCCCCGCAGCGCCUGGCUUCCUCCUCGCUAGGGUGGCGUUGGGCCGGCGCGGGCGCUCACUUGACUGCAGCUACUCCGCUCCCCGCCCCCCGCGGCUGCCAGUCGCUUCGCACAGGGCUGGAUGGUUGCAUCGAGCAGGGUGGCUCCAGGAUGUUAGGGGCUGUGAAGAUGGAAGGGCACGAGAGCAGCGACUGGAACACCUACUACGCCGACACACAAGAGGCCUACUCCUCGGUCCCGGUCAGCAACAUGAACUCGGGCCUGGGCACCAUGAAUUCCAUGAACACGUACAUGACCAUGAACACCAUGACCACGAGCGGCAACAUGACCCCGGCUUCGUUCAACAUGUCCUACGCAAACCCGGGCCUUGGCGCCGGCCUGAGCCCCGGGGCGGUGGCUGGCAUGCCGGGUGGCUCUGCGGGCGCCAUGAAUACCAUGACGGCGGGCGUGACGGCCAUGGGGACGACGCUGAGCCCGGGCGGCAUGGGGGCCAUGGGCGCGCAGCCCGCGGCCUCCAUGAACGGCCUGGGCCCCUACGCCGCUGCCAUGAACCCGUGCAUGAGCCCCAUGGCGUACGCGCCGUCCAAUUUGGGCCGCAGCCGGGCUGGUGGCGGCGGAGACGCCAAAACUUUCAAGCGCAGCUAUCCACACGCCAAACCGCCCUACUCGUACAUUUCCCUCAUCACCAUGGCUAUCCAGCAGGCGCCCAGCAAGAUGCUCACACUGAGCGAGAUCUACCAGUGGAUCAUGGACCUCUUCCCCUAUUACCGGCAGAACCAGCAGCGCUGGCAGAACUCCAUCCGCCACUCGCUGUCCUUCAACGACUGCUUCGUCAAAGUGGCCCGCUCCCCGGACAAGCCGGGCAAGGGUUCCUACUGGACGCUGCACCCGGACUCCGGCAACAUGUUCGAGAACGGCUGUUACUUGCGCCGCCAGAAGCGCUUCAAGUGCGAGAAGCAGCCAGGCACCGGGGGCGGGAGCGGCGGCGGCGCCAAGGGCGGCCCUGAGAGCCGUAAGGACCCCUCGAGCGCUGCCAACCCCAGCGCCGACUCGCCCCUUCGUCGGGGCGUGCACGGUAAGGCCGGCCAGCUAGAGGGCGCGCCGGCCCCCGGGCCCGCUGCCAGCCCCCAGACUCUGGACCACAGCGGGGCGGCGGCGACAGGGGGCGCCUCGGAGUUGAAGACUCCGGCCUCCUCGGCUGCACCUCCGAUCAGCUCCGGGCCUGGGGCGCUGGUAUCUGUGCCCCCCUCCCACCCGGCGCAUGGCCUGGCACCCCAUGAGUCCCAGCUGCACCUGAAAGGGGACCCUCACUACUCCUUCAACCACCCUUUCUCUAUCAACAACCUCAUGUCCUCCUCGGAGCAGCAGCACAAGCUGGACUUCAAGUCAUACGAGCAGGCACUACAGUACUCGCCCUAUGGCACCGCAUUGCCCGCCAGCCUACCCCUCGGCAGCGCCUCGGUGGCCACGAGGAGCCCCAUUGAGCCCUCAGCCCUGGAGCCAGCCUACUACCAAGGUGUGUACUCCAGACCUGUUCUAAACACUUCUUAGCUCCCUGGGACUGGGGGUUUGUCUGGCAUGGCCAUGCUGGUAGCAGGAGAGAGAGAGAAAGAGAAAUUAACAGCAAACAAAACCACACAUACCAAGCCGACAGCAGCAUAGUAAAAUCCCAACUAUUUUUAUUUUUUUCUGUGCACAAUCUUUCCCCCAGUACAAAAGACUGUUACUUUGUUAUUGUUGUUCCGAACACUUUGUGUAUAUUAUUACAAAAAAACAACCCCAAACCAACAAAAAUGUUUCCUGAAAAGUUUAAUGAUCCACAAAUGUAUAUAUAUAUAAUCCUCCGACUUCCUUGUCCCUCUCCCUUUCUUUCCUCUUCCACCUGCAGACGUGCUAGUCUGUGCAGGAUUUAUUUAAAAAAAAAAAAGAAAGAUGGUCAAGCUUGUAAAAUAUUUGUUUGUGCU